AUGCAUCUUUGCAACUUCAUUCCUGUCUUGGCUGCUUUGGCUUCCGUUGCUGCCGCAGCGUCCAAGACUUGUCCCAGCAACACUCCACUCUCAUGCCACAACACCACCGUCGUUGAAGACACUUGCUGCUUUAUUCCGUCUGGUCAGCUGCUUCAGACGCAGUUCUGGGAUACCGACCCCUCCACUGGCCCUUCCGACUCCUGGACUAUCCAUGGGCUGUGGCCGGACAAUUGCGAUGGUUCAUUUCCCCAGACGUGCGAUGCCAGCCGAGCAUACACCAAUAUUACCGACAUCCUGACAGCCAUGGGUGCCGAUGACACCCUCCAGUACAUGCAGACCUAUUGGAAAGACUAUCAAGGCAAUGACGAGAGCUUCUGGGAGCACGAAUGGGGCAAGCAUGGCACAUGUAUCUCGACCCUGGAUCCUGGCUGCUACGACGACUAUGUACCGACAGAGGAGGCAGCGGAUUUCUUCUCCAGGACGGUGUCCUUGUUCAAGACGCUGCCUACUUACCAGUGGCUGGCCGAUGCUGGCAUCACCCCUGACGGCUCCAAAUCCUAUGCCCUGGACGACAUCCAGUCAGCACUCUCCCAGCAACACGGCGCCGAGGUGACUCUGGGAUGCGACGGCAAGAACCUGAAUGAAGUCUGGUACCACUUCAACGUCAAGGGCUCUCUGCAAGACGGCCAAUUUGUCGCCGCGGAGCCUGAUGGCGCCAAGAGCAGCUGCCCCGACUCCGUCUACUACGAUCCAAAGAACGGCGGCCGGCGGUAG